AAUUCGCUUAAAAUGUAACGUCUUUUUUUAUUUUUUGCCCUUAUUUGAUUUCAGUGAGUGUUCGCUGCGCAAUCCUCUAUAUAGAAGCGGAUGGGAUGACCAUCCAUUCAUCAACCAAGCACCAGCGAAGAAAUUUCUAAUGGGCGGUAAAGAAACCAAUCCCAUUGUUCAUAUCUCCUCCACUUUGAUCCUAAACAAAAUCCUUUUCUGGCUUCAACUUCUCUUAAUCUCCAAAGCCACCACCAUCGCCCAUGCCGAUCACCAGGAGCAGCGCAUCCUCCUCCGCCUGAGAGCUCACUGGAGCAGCACAUCUGCUCUCAGCUCAUGGAGCACCUCCGCUCCCCACUGCCAAUGGCCAGGAGUCCAGUGCGACAAUGGUGGCUUCGUCAACGCCAUAUCCGUCCCCAACAUGAACAUCACCCAGUCAGUCCCAGCCUUCAUCUGCGACCUCAACAAUCUCUCCCACCUCGACCUCGCCUACAACAACAUCGCCACUGGCUUCCCUACUGGACUCUACCGCUGCUCCAGCCUCCAGUACCUUGACCUCUCCCAGAACUACUUCGUCGGAGAGAUUCCCAGCGAUAUCGACAAGUUGUCUUCUCGCCUCACGCACCUCGACCUCUCGGACAACAACUUCACCGGCGAUGUCCCACGGACAAUUGGCCGGAUUAAGUCGCUGCAGUUCCUGCACCUCCAUGACAACCAUUUGAAUGGUUCGUUUCCAGCCGAGCUUGGCCAACUCUCCAUGCUCCAAAAUCUCACUCUCGCCUACAAUCAUUUUGCAAGCCAAUCGAUUCCCGAUGAGUUCGGGAACAUGAAGAGCCUCAAGUAUCUCUGGAUGUCAGAAACUCAAGUCACGGGUGAGAUACCGGAGAGUUUCAAGAAUCUAAAUGAGCUGGAACAUCUCGACCUGGCCAUGAAUUUGCUUAAUGGCUCAAUUCCUGAAUCCAUAUGGUCGCUGGAGAAGCUCAAAAGAAUCUACUUGUUUGACAACAAGCUAUCCGGAGAAAUCAGCAGCGAGAUCAGGGCGACAAGCUUGGAGGAGAUCGAUGUGUCCGAAAACAAUCUCAAUGGGUCGAUACCGGAGGGAUUCGGCAACCUCAUCAAUCUCACCAAGUUGUUCAUGUUCUAUAAUGAGCUAUCCGGCGAGAUUCCCUACGGCAUCGCCUUUCUUCCCGAGCUAUAUGACAUUAGGCUCUUCCGUAACCGGUUCACAGGAGUUUUGCCGUCGGAGCUCGGGAAGCACUCCAAGCUGAGGAAUUUUGAGGUGUCAGACAACAGGAUUUCCGGCAGCUUGCCCGAAGGCCUGUGCACAAAAGAAGCUCUAAAUUCGGUGGUGGUCUUCAACAACAACUUCUCUGGCGAGCUGACGGUGUUUCUCGCCGACGAGUGUCACACCUUGAGUAACAUUCAACUGUAUAGCAAUAGCUUCUCUGGCGAGUUUUCCCUCAAGAUAUGGUUGAUUGCGGUAAAUUUGACGACAGUGUUGAUCCAUCACAACCUCUUAUCUGGCACAUUGCCAGACACACUACCAAGGAGCUUAACGCGCUUGGAAAUCGAAGACAACCUCUUCUCUGGAAAAAUCCCAUCCUCAACACCAGAACUGCAAGUUCUCAAAGCCAGUAACAAUAGGUUCUCAGGUGAAAUUCCGACAGUACUCACAGGAAUGUCAAGGCUCCUGAAUCUAUUGCUUGAUGGAAAUCAAAUCUCUGGUUCAAUUCCGGAGGGCAUAUCUGCUUUGAAGUCACUUACAGAGCUCAACCUCAAGAACAACCGCCUCUCAGGAAACAUCCCACCAGAAAUUGGACUGUUGCCAGAGCUCAAAAUAAUAGACCUUUCAUGGAACAUGCUAUCGGGGCCAAUUCCGCUGGAGAUGGGCAACCUUAAAUUCAACUCCCUUAACCUGUCUCACAACCAACUAUCCGGCGAGAUACCCCUCCAGUUGCAGAACCAAGCUUACGAGCAAAGCUUUUCAGCAAAUCCUGAUCUCUGCUCCUCCAAGCCCAUAGUGAAUAUCAUACUUUGUGCACACCGCACAUCCAGUAUCGAUAAUAAGUCUUCGCGGAGACUGAUCAUAAUAUUCCUAGUGCUCAGUGGAUUCAUGCUCCUAAUGGUUGCUGUGAUCGGGAUAUUGAUUGGCCGCCGGCAGCCCGACAUCGUCCAUGAGCCGCCGUGGAAGCUCACUCCUUUUCAGAAAGUGGACUUCACUGAAGCCAACAUAAUAGGUAAGUUGACAGUGGAUAACCUCAUCGGCAAGGGAGGGUCCGGCGAGGUGUACAGAAUCGACAUCAGCAAUCACACCAGCAUGACGGUGGCCGUGAAGAAAAUUUGGAAUACUGGAAAGACAGACUGGAAGAUGGAGAAGGCCUUCGAGGCUGAAGUCAAGAUCUUGGGUGAAAUCCGGCAUGCAAACAUUGUGAAGUUACUCUGUUGCAUCUCGAAUGCAGACUCCAAGCUCCUUGUCUAUGAGUACAUGGAGAAUGGAAGCCUGGAUCAGUGGCUACACCAGCACAGAGCGAGACCAGACUCCAAGCACAAUGAGCCAUUUAAUUGGCCCAAGAGGUUAGGGAUUGCCAUUGAUGCAGCAAAAGGGUUGUGUUACAUGCACCACCAGUGCCCGACACCAGUCAUUCACCGUGAUAUGAAGUCGAGCAAUAUACUUUUGGAUUCAGAGUUUGGAGCUAAGAUUGCCGACUUUGGCCUGGCACGCAUGCUGCUCAAGGCUGAGUGUGGCUAUUCAUGGAAGAUCACAAACAAGGUGGACAUUUAUAGCUUUGGGGUAGUCCUCUUGGAGCUGACAACAGGAAGGGAAGCACUGGAUGGUGAUGAACACGAGAGCUUAGCAGGGUGGGCUGCUCGCCACCAAAAGGAAAAUGGCAAUGUAAUGGAGCUGAUAGACAAGGACUUGAGUGAUGAUGUUGACUACUUGGAUGACAUAGCGACGGUGCUAAGUCUAGGCAUAGAAUGCACAAACAGGAAUCCUGCCUUCAGGCCUUCCAUGAAGGAUGUAUUGCACGACCUGAUGGAAUGUCACCGAAGGGAUCCUGGUCAAAGGAAAUUCAACAUCCGUACGCUUCUUCAGACGAAGGGAUGGAGACUGCAGAAUAGUUCAUCAGUAGCAGAUGAAGAAUCUGGCCAGUCAUCUGAAGGAUGCAGUUUAGACAAAAUCCGAAUCGCUUUGUACAGUAGCUAA